CAGGCCCUGGGUCUGACCUCAACCCACCAUCCAUGCGUUCUUUCACCCAGCUAAUGGUGUUGAGCACGUACUGUGCACAGCGGGCCUGGGAAUCAGGGUUCAAUCAAGGGUGUUGGACACCAGGUGUCUGCUCCCAAAACUGAAAGGAGAGAAGCCCCUGACCCCGAGCCCUCUAACCUGGCCUUUCUAGAUCAUCCUCUUUGAGGGCAAGCACUUCACCGGGAGGAAGCUGGAGGUCUACGGGGACUGUGACAACUUCCAGGACCGAGGCUUUAUGAACCGGGUGAACUCCAUCCGUGUGGAGAGCGGCGCCUGGGUCUGCUUCGAUCACCCCGACUUCCGAGGCCAGCAAUUUAUCCUGGAGCAUGGAGACUACCCCGACUUCCUCCGCUGGAAUGGUCACAAUGACCACAUGGGCUCCUGCCGCCCCAUAGGAAUGCACGGGGAGAACUUCCGCCUGGAAAUCUUCGAGGGCUGCAACUUCACCGGCCAGUGCCUGGAGUUCCAGGAAGACUGCCCCUUCCUGCAGAGUCAGGGCUGGUCCAAGAACUGCGUCAACGCCAUCAAGGUGUACGGGGACGGAGCGUGGGUCCUGUACGAGGAGCCCAACUACCGCGGCCGCAUGUACCUGGUGGAGCGGGGUGACUUCCGCAACUGCUCCGACUGGGAGGCCCACAACGCGCGCAUCCAGUCGCUCCGCAGAGUGGUCAACUACUACUAGCCCGCCAGGACCCGGGCAUGCCGGGGGGUCGGGGGCAGCCCCUUCCGUCCCCCACCCUAGGGCUCAGACCCUAGGGAAUAAAAAUCAGAGAA